UGCCCAUUCCUCGCGCUUCGUAAGGCUGCGCGCACAGUGGGAUGCAGAAGGAGUGGCAGAGCGCGCGCAUGAAUGUUGCAGGCUCACAAAUUCUCUAGGUACCGUAACCUCUUCAGUUCAACAGCUGUGGUUUUCUCCUCACUGUCUAUGGCAUGGUCCAGUGAACCGUAAAUGGACGCGAAUCUCUGAAGUCGCACCUCCCCGGAGAAGUCUGUGGAAUAUAAGGCGAGACAUAACAUUCCGCAAGGCCGGUGGGUGUUGGUCGUUAACUGCAAAGAUGGGUACGGUGCUGUCCAUUUCUCCCACCACCAGGAAAGGAGGGAUUCUUGACGAGAAGACGGAGGGUGGACACGGGGCAAGUAGCAAGGCAGAGAAAAGCCUGAAACGCCAUUCGGUUCUUAUAUCUGCCCUGACGUGGAAGCGGAUAGUAGCCGCAUCGGCCAAAAAGAAGGGAGCGAAGAAAGUGAACCCAAAUCCUCCCGUGUCUCAGAUCCCCGUGGACCAGCUGAAUACUGAAAACCUAAAGAAAUCUCAGUCAGGCUCUGAGCGUAAAAAGCCUGGACCGUUAGCGGUUCCGGUGCCGACCGUUCCUGAUAAAAGCCUUCGGUCCAGUCAAACCCAGAACGGCUCACAGAGCGGUAAGCAGCUCCUUUCGGUUCAGAGGCAGCCGAGUAGCCGUUCUGUCGUCUCCCCUCGACGGGUGAUCGUCCAGGCAUCGACUGGGGAGCUGCUCCGUUGCUUGAGUGAAUUUAUGUGCCGGAGGUGCUAUAAGCUCAAAGAACUGAGUCCGAACGAGAUCAUCCUUUGGUUCCGAAAUGUCGACCGUUCGUUGCUUAUCCAAGGCUGGCAGGACCAGGGUUUCAUCACCCCCGCGAACCUCGUGUUCGUCUACCUGCUCUGCAGAGAGGCGAUAACCGAGGACAUCUCCAGCGAGUACCAGCUGCAGGCCGUGUUCCUCACCUGCUUGUACCUCGCGUACUCCUACAUGGGUAACGAGAUCUCGUACCCGCUCAAGCCUUUCCUCGUGGACACCAACAAGGAGGUGUUCUGGGAGCGCUCUCUGCGGAUCAUUGACAAAAUGAGCGCCAAAAUGCUACAGAUCAAUUCCGACCCGCACUUCUUCACCGAGGUUUUCCAGGACCUCAAAAAUGAAGGCGGCCCGAAGGAGACUAACGGAAAAUGGACAAGUAACCUGGAUCGCUAAGACUGGCUUAUUUUCCCGGGAGAGAGAAGCUCUGUUUCCGCUCCACACCCGUCUGGAAAGGGCGGGUUGGAUGUAAGGCCUGACGGGUGAAGGCGUGAACAGCAUUUCACGCUGCUGCCGGUGAACGGACAGAGGUCUCCGCAUACCUCCAGGACAGGGGCUUCAUGUUAUUAGAUGUGUACAAUACUAUCACUUUGACCCUGUUAAUGUCACGAAGGGGGUUCUAGGGUCUAUUCAUAGUUUACGUAAUGCAUGCUUAAAGUAUUCUAACUGUAUCUUCAUUGUGGCUUUUUAAAAGAGAAAAUGCUACCUGCUAUCGGGCUACAGUGAGAGCUGUAUAAAAUGUUCGUGUGUGCGUCAAAGCUCAGAUCAUUUAUUUCUGUAUUCGUUGGGUUUUUAGAUCCAGUGUAGUGAGCUGAGCUGUCCAAGGCGCUGGCCUACGGCACACACUGCUCGCACGUCUCCUGUGGCGCCUGAUGCUAUCUGUUCGGAAGCUGAAUGUACUAUUUUACAACAAAACGAUUCUCUACCGUCAAAUGUGCCAAUUGUUAUGGUAUAAAACGUAAUGUUUUAUAUUGUAUAUUUGAAAAUAUAUGAAAACAAAUAC